AUGUGGUGAUGUGUAAGAGCUGACAGGCUCCAUUCACUGCAGAAACACAUGUUGUUGAGAUCAGAGCUCAGACUAGUUUCAGUGAUAAGGAAGAGAAACUCACACAGUCACUGACACUGAGAGGAGAAAUGGCGCAGAAAGGAGUUCAGCUGGACCAAGAAACCUUCUCUUGUUCCAUCUGUUUGGAUCUACUGAAGGAUCUGGUGACUACAACCUGUGGACACAGCUACUGCAGGAACUGUAUUAAAAGUUUCUGGGAUGAAGAGGACAGGAAGGGAAUCCACAGCUGCCCUCAGUGCAGGAAGACUUUCACACCGAGGCCUGUCCUGGAGAAAAACACCAUGUUAGCAGAUUUAGUGGAGCAGCUGAAGAAGACUGGACUCCAAGCUGCUCCAGCUGAUCACUGCUAUGCUGGACCUGAAGAUGUGGCCUGUGAUGUCUGCACUGGGAGGAAGCUGAAAGCCAUCAAGUCCUGUUUAGUCUGUUUAAUUUCUUACUGUGAGAAACACCUCCAACCUCACUAUGAUGUAGUUCAGUUUAAGAAACACAAGCUGGUGGCCCCCUCCAAGAAGCUCCAGGAGAACAUCUGCUCUCGUCAUGAUGAGGUGAUGAAGAUUUUCUGUCGUACUGAUCAGCAGAGUAUCUGUUAUCUCUGCACAGUGGAUGAACAUAAAGGCCAUGAAACAGUCCCAGCUGCAGCAGAAAGGACUGAGAAGCAGAAGGAGCUCGAGGUGAGACGACUAAACAUCCAGCAGAGAAUCCAGGAGCGAGAGAAAGAUGUGAAGCUGCUUCAACAGGAGGUGGAGGCCAUCAAUGGCUCUGCUGAUAAAGCAGUGGAGGACAGUGAGAAGAUGUUCACUGAGCUGAUCCGUCUCAUCCAGAAAAGAAGCUCUGAUGUGAAGCAGCAGGUCAGAUCCCAGCAGGAAACUGAAGUGAGUCGAGUCAAAGAGCUUCAGGAGAAGCUGGAGCAGGAGAUCGCUGAGCUGAAGAGGAAAGACGGCGAGCUAGAGCAGCUCUCACACACAGAGGAUCACAACCAGUUUCUACACAACUACCCCUCACUGUCAGCACUCAGUGAGUCUACACACUCAUCCAGCAUCAAUAUUCGUCCUCUGAGCUACUUUGAGGAUGUGACAGCAGCUGUGUCAGAGACCAGAGAUAAACUACAGGACAUUCUGAGAGAGGAAUGGACAAACAUCUCACUGACAGUCACUGAAGUGGAUGUUUUACUGUCACCACCAGAGCCAAAGACCAGAGCUGGAUUCUUAAAAUAUGCAUGUGAAAUCACACUGGAUCCAAACACAGCAAAUAAAUACCUGUUAUUAUCUGAGGGGAACAGAAAAGUAACAAGAAUGAAACAACAACAGUCUUAUUCUGAUCAUCCAGACAGAUUCACUUAUUAUUAUCAGGUCCUGAGUAGAGAGAGUCUGACUGCACGCUGUUACUGGGAGGUGGAGUGGAGAGGUGAAGCAGUUCGUGUAGCAGUCGUAUACAAGAAUAUCAGCAGAGCAGGGGGGAGCAAUGAAUGUUUAUUUGGAAACAAUGACAAAUCUUGGGCAUUACGUUGUGACACAAACAGUUUUCAAUUUUGGCACAACAAAGUCCAAACUGUCCUCUCAGGUCCUCGGUCCUCCAGAGUAGGAGUGUACCUGGAUCACAGAGCAGGUAUUCUGUCUUUCUACAGCGUCUCUGAAACCAUGACUCUCCUCCACAGAGUCCAGACCACAUUCACUCAGCCGCUCUAUGCUGGACUUUGUGUUUCUGGACUUUGUCUUUGGGAUGAUGGAGACACUGCAGAGUUGAUUAAAGUCAAAUAGAGAAGACAGGUUCAUGUUGAUCCCUGACCAUUAUAUGUACUUGUGUAGUUUCUAAAUGAGGCUUUACAUUUUAGAAGCUGAGAAGUUCAAUGGUCCAUUGAUGUGUGAAAAUAAUAUUGCACUGAUUCAAACUGUACUUACAUUUAUAUACCUUACAUCAAUAUAAAUCUGAAUUUGUUCUUAUGGCUGAUAAUCAUGUGAGUUUAAAUGAUACUACUCUUCAUAUUCAGCAUGUUUGAAAUCUGUCAUCAGUCUGGUUAGUGGUUUUAUUCUGUAGUUGCUGUAGUGGGUUGUCAAAUGCAACAAUAUAUUGGAGCUGCAGUGAUUCAUCAGUUAGUCAAUGAUUAGAGAAUUGAUUGUUUUAUCAUUAUUUUAGUCACAUUUAAAGCUGGUUCCAGUUUCUGAAAUGUGAAGAAAUGAAAAUCAUGGAGCAUUUAUGCAUUUUUAGGUCUGUGUCUUACAGCAGAAGCAGCAUUUACAUGAACUCACUGGCCUUCAUCCACUGAACACUCUCUUCUUCAUCACCUCAUCUUCUUCUGACUGCUGCUGAGCUCCAACCCUUUUUACCUCCUGGAGAUGAUUCAUAUUCACUGAAAUUUCACUCAUAACACAUAAACUGUUCAGCUUUUCUCAUAGUAGUUUUUAGGAGUUUUUAAUUAGAUUUACAGCUUCAGAAUAACUUUGUGAUGUCAGAUUAGAAAGUCUGUGUCCAACCCUGGUGUUUGAUCAGAUGUUUGAUCCCUGCAGGGUUGGAUUUUU